AUGAUGCUAGCGUCUAGGUACGUGCCAGUAGUGCGUUCAUCAAGACAAUUCACUUCAAGUGCAGUGCGCUCUGAUUUCUUGUCAUGGUUCAGAAGAAAUAAAAACAAAGAUGCUGGUGUCGUUUCAACACAGCCAGAAUUGCAAAGAGAUACAAAAGAAGUUAUAAAUGAGAUCGAGUCCGGGAAAACAACUGUAGUGAAGAGCUCAACGGUCACAAGAUUAGAGUUAACAGAUGAUGAUUUUGUUGGUAUCGAUUCAUCUAGAAGAGAAGAACUUAUUCGUUUACAAAAGUUGGAUGUCGUCCCAUUCAACGAGUGGUUAUCUCAGGAUAAAUUAAGUACCGAACAACAGUUGGAACAGGUUGUUUUGGAAAGUUAUCAGGAAACUUUCGGUGAUGUCCCAACGGAAGAACAACUGGGGAAACCUUUCGAAAAUUUGGUAAACAAGUUCAAAUUCAGUAAACUGCUACAAUGCAAAUCAGGACACAUUAUCCCAGACUACGAACUUACAAGGUUACAAACUCCAUUGGAAUUUAAAUCGUGGUUUGAGAUUAAAGUACUAAGUGGUCAACUAGGGAAAUUUAAGGAAUCGGAACCAAACGCCAUUGAUUUAUCGAAUAUCAAAUUCCCACCAAACGUGUACGUGGUUCCCGAUGUCAAACCAUCUGUGAAAAAACAGAAGGUGAAGAAAAUCUUGGAAGAGGUCGCCGCAUUGGAAGCUCAAUAUGAAAGAGACGCUAUUGAGAAAGCUAAAAGGGAUUAA